CACCAAAACUCCAUUAGACAUUUUCGGCGCAACGUGUUCAUACGCUGCUCUGUUUUGGUAGACAUGCAUAGAACGAGUAGCUCGUUCCGUUGCCAACCCAAUCCCUUCAUAUCUGUGGUGGCUACUCCACGCGUGCCAGGAGCCAAGCGUGGCCAUAAAUCCAGCAUCUUUUCUUCUUCUUUCGUUACUCAACGAAUGAGGUGGCGUCUUCCUUCUCCGUGCGAGGCGACAUUUGGGCCAGAAGUUUCAUGGCAAGAGAGCGGUGUGAGACGGAACACGUACUGCAUGUUGAACCGCCGACGGCGACGUGGAGGAAGAAGAUGAAGAUGACAACCGUACAAACAACCGCCUCCUUUCUUUUCUUACCAAUCACAGUUGCAGCUCCCUCGUUUUACCGCCGGUUACUGCUGCCUCCGCACCACGGUCAUGGCGGCCUGCCUCUCCCCCACGCUCCCUCGCCACACCGUCCACCGCCGCCGCGGCUGGGCCCCAAAGCCUCCCUCCUCCUCCUCCUCCCCCUCCACGGCCGCAUACAGCCGGCGCCACCGCCAGCACCAGCACCAGAUCGUCGCAACGCGCUCCGGCGCCAUCUCCGCCCGCGCCGCCUCCCCUGCGGCCGCUGCCGCUGCCGCCCGGGGCCUCGACGCCGACGACAUCCGCCACCCGCUCGACAAGCAGAACACCUUGCUGCUCAAAGCAAUUCCAGGGCUCAAUGAUAUAGGCAAGGCUUUGCUAGGGCCGGUUUCCGAGCAAGUUAUGGUUCUUCAAAACAUUGGAUCGUCGGUUCUCGUCUCUGAAAACCAGUUGCCUGAACUUCACCAGCUCAUGGUCGAAGCCGCGAAGAUCUUGAACACGGAGGCGCCCGACUUGUACAUACGGCAGAAUCCCGUCCCUAACGCUUACACCCUAGCGAUAAACGGGAAAAGGCCGUUCGUCGUCGUCCACACGAGCCUCGUGGAGCUGCUCACCAGAAAGGAAUUGCAGGCUGUUUUGGCACAUGAGCUGGGUCACCUCAAGUGCGAUCAUGGAGUCUGGCUCACCUUUGCCAACAUACUAACAAUGGGGGCAUAUACUGUCCCUGGUUUCGGUAUGGUUGCUGGGUUCCUUGAAGAACAGCUGUUCAGGUGGCUGCGCGCCGCGGAGCUGACUUGCGACAGGGCGGCUCUUCUCGUAGUAAAAGAUCCCAAGGUUGUCAUCUCGGUCCUGAUGAAGCUGGCGGGAGGAUGCCCUUCGCUGUCGGACCAGCUGAACGUGGACGCCUUCCUGGAGCAAGCCCGGUCGUACGACAAGGCAUCGUCGAACCCGGUCGGGUGGUACAUCCGGAACGCUCAGACGAGGGAGCUGUCGCACCCUUUGCCCCGAUGUGUUGUGAUGGACAUCGAAGGCACCACCACCCCCAUCUCCUUCGUCGCCGACGUGCUCUUCCCCUACGCGCGGGCCAACGCCCGCGCCCACCUCGCCGCCACAUACCACACCAAACAGACCCAAGAAGACAUCGCCCUCCUCCACGCCCAGAUCCUCCAAGACCUGGCCGACGGGGUCCCCGGCGCCGUCCCACUCCCACCGCCCGAUGACACCGACCAGGACAAGACCAUCGACGCCCUGGUGGCCAACGUGCAGGCCAUGAUCAACGCGGACCGGAAGCUCACGGCGCUCAAGCAGCUGCAGGGCCACGUGUGGCGGCGCGGCUUCGAGAGCGGCGAGAUCAAGGGGGAGGUCUACGACGACGUCGUCCAAGCCCUCGCGGAGUGGGACGCAAGAGGCAUCAAGAGCUACAUCUACUCCAGUGGCAGCAGGGAGGCACAACGGCUCAUCUUCGGCAACACCGUCGCCCACGGCGACCUCCGGCGGUACCUCUCCGCCUUCUUCGACACCAAUGUUGGAGGCAAGAAAGAGUCUCGGAGUUACUACGAGAUCUGGCAGACCCUCGGCGUCGACAGCCCGUCCCAGAUACUCUUCCUCACCGAUGUCUACCAAGAAGCCACCGCUGCAAGGGAUGCAGGUCUUGAGGUGCUUAUAUCGAUCAGACCUGGGAACGCGCCGCUCCCUGAGGAUCACGGCUUCCAGACCAUCACGUCGUUUGCUCAAAUCGCCACCUGAAUGCCACAACGAACUCACCCCUGCCAUAUGCAGACAAGUAUUAUUUACAAAAGGAACCAUCAAACCUCUCUUUUUUACCGUGUACGCUAGAUCAGUUGACAACUGAAGUUACAACCACAAGAGUCGGUACAAUUGUCUCGCCCUUGUGUAAAACCAUGACUCGUUAUCAGCAGGUUUCCUAAAAGCAGACACAUAUGGGUAUUUAAUCAAAAACCUGGUACUGAAAUUCGUCCAUGAAAUAUAAGGUAUUGAGUGAUUUUACAA